AUGGCAUCUUCUUCUUCUGAUAGCGGAGUGUUCGACACGAUAGACCCUAUGGCUAUUACCUCGGAUGAUGAGAUAGCCACGGACCCGGAGGUUUAUGCAUCAGACACCACGAGUACCGACGAGGAUGAUUUUCAGCCCUUUGCCCUACCGGACUUAGGAGACGACUUACCCUUAGCUGAUGGUCUAUCGGGAGAGGAUCUAUCCCUUGUCCAGAUCCCUGCCAUUCUCCCAUUUGCUGCGGUUCCCUUUGAGGAACAGCCACUUGACGCGUUAUCUGAUGAUGACAUCGAUCUAUUUAUAGAGGGUCCCCCGGAGGGAGACCAGGAUGGCGGGGCCCCGAUGGAGGACGAUGUUCCACUAGCUGAUAUCCGGGUUGUUGACCCAGUUGUUCCUGCAGUUGAGGUUCCUGCUGUUGAUGCCUUUGUUGUGCCACCUAUCGAGGCUCCUGUUGUGGAGGCCUUGCCUGAUCCGUCUGUUUCCUACUCGCUUGAGUCUGCAUCAUUCGCCACUCUUCAGGCGCAGGACGUGCAUCACUACUCCACCGACACUGAUUCAGACAUGGCGAUGUCUGCUGCACCUAUUGUUCCCCAUGACUUUGACCCAAAUCCUGAGGCUGAGUUUGUACCUACUGAGCCACCCGUUUAUCCACCAGUUGUUGAUAUCCCAGCUUCUGCACCUAUACCUGACCCUAUGCCGGUAUUUGAUGACCUUGCACCUUUUGCUACACACAUAGAUCCCAGAUAUGCGGACACCCGUAAUGGGUGGAUUGAGGAUGAUGAUGACUAUCCUCCAUUUGUUCUACCAGUCACUCCCCCUGCUGCACCUAUUUUUGCACCCGCAGAUGUCCCACAGUUUUACCCUCCCGUGUCAGACGUCCACCGCACGGAUUUACCUGUCACUUUUCUCCAGGACAUUGCUCCUCCCCGUCCAGGGAAAGGACCUUCUACUCAGCAGCACGAUCACGUACCACCUAUGACAGCAGCCUUUCCGUUUAUACCCCCUUUUACACCUGCUGCACGCACUGCUUUUUCCUCUGCACCUUCGGGCGAACCAUUUAUGUGGCCUUCGCCCAACGUCAUGCCUUUGUCAGAUCCAUAUCAUCCUUUUCAUGUUGGGUAUUCGACGGAUGAUAUACUUAUAUCCUUGCAAUUACAGCAGGAUGCGUUGACCCGACGAGUCCAGGAGCUGGAGAGGACCCCGCGUCCUCCCCCUUGUCGUUGCCAGUCUCCAUUUGCGACACCACCAGCUCCUCUCGGACUACACCCUGAUUCUGAUGUCCGCUUCCUCACCACGGACCAACAGAUUGCUUACCUGCUGCGUGGUGUCCAUGCUCUCGAGGAAGAAUUGGCGCAUUUGCGCAGAUUAGUUCUCACUCCUCCACCUCCCCCCCCCCCCACCAUCAGCUUAGGGGUAUUAGGUCUCCUGCAGAUAGGCCACUUUUGUUGA